CCCCUGCUCCCUUCCUCGCUGGCGCUGCCGUUCUUCCUGAGCCGUCGCUUCCGCGCCUGCGUGGAAUCCCCCGCUCCUUUGCAUGAUGGGCGGGGCUUUCCCAGCAGCGGGGCGGGUCACGUGGCGCGGGCAUUUCCGCGAGCGGCGUAGCUUGCGAACGGAUACAGCGGCGGCGCCUGGACCCGAUCCCGCCGGAGGCCCCCGCCUGGACCACGCCCCCUCGGCCCCGCCCCUGCCUCGGACCCCCGAUCGGGGCCGGAGCCCCGCUUCCGCCUUCGAGCCCCUCGAGGGGUGGACCCGCCCUAGCUGGGCUCCCAGGGGCAUCCCCAGCGGCACCCCUCUCCCGAUUGGGGUGGGGACCCCCGUAGGAGUCAGAAUCCCCCCAUUCCCUGUCAAAUCCUCCCCCUUGGCGCCUACAUCCCCCCGUCUCGGGGUGGGAGCAGCUGUUGUACUGGGACACCUCCGUCCCCGCACACGCUCUUAUUGUGGACUGGGGUCCAUCUCCUGAGCCCCCACGCAGGGGCCAGCCCUAGCCUGCGGAGCCCUCCCGCCCCCAACCUAGUAUCCCCUGGAUUCUUCUGGUUCCCAAACUGGGAGCCCCCCUCCUUGACUCCCUCCAACCAGGGAGCCCCCACCCCCGUACCUUCUUGAUUCCCAGCCUGGGUCGUAGCCUGACUUCUGGCAGAAAUGGAUGAACUGCUGCCACUUGCCUUCCUCCAGCAGGACUGGGGCCUCCAGGACCCUACCCCCAGCAGCACCCCCUACGUGGAGAUCAUCGAACAGCCCAAGCAGCGCGGCAUGCGCUUCCGCUACAAGUGUGAGGGGCGCUCGGCCGGCAGCAUCCCCGGGGAGCACAGCACUGACACCACCAAGACCCACCCCACCAUCAAGAUCAAUAAUUACACAGGCCCCGGGAAGGUUCGUAUCUCUCUUGUGACCAAGGACACCCCCCACCGACCCCACCCCCACGAGUUGGUGGGCAAGGACUGCAAGGACGGCUACUAUGAGGCUGAGCUUUCACCUGAGCGCAACAUCCACAGCUUCCAGAACCUGGGCAUCCAGUGCGUGAAGAAACGGGAGCUGGACGAGGCUGUGGCACAGCGCAUCCGCACCAACAAUAACCCCUUCAAUGUGCCCCUGGACAACCAGAAGGGGGACUAUGACUUGAACGCUGUGCGGCUCUGCUUCCAGGUGUGGGUGCAGGACCCUGUGGGCACCGGGCACCUCGUCCCGCUGCCCCUCGUGGUGUCACAGCCGAUCUACGACAACCGAGCCCCCAACACGGCUGAGCUGAAGAUCUGCCGGGUCAAUCGCAACUCGGGGAGCUGUCUGGGUGGGGACGAGAUCUUCCUGCUCUGCGACAAGGUGCAGAAAGAGGACAUUGAGGUCCGAUUCUUCAAGGACUCGUGGGAGGCCAAGGGCUCCUUCUCGCAGGCAGACGUGCACCGGCAGGUUGCCAUCGUGUUCAAAACCCCACCCUACCAGGACCAGGCGCUCAGGGAGCCGGUGACGGUGCAGAUGCAGCUCCGGCGCCCAUCUGACAAGGAGGUCAGCGAGGCCAUGGAGUUCCGCUACCUGCCAGAUGAAGGCGACUUCCACCGCAUCGAGGAGAAGCGCAAGCGAACGCGGGACACCUUCAAGAACUUUGUGCAGAAAGCGCCUUUCGCAGUGGUGGUUCCAGAGUCACGCUCCCCGCGUCGGAUCGCUGUCCCCGCCCGCACAGCUGCCAUGCCCAAACCCAGCCUCAUCCGACCCAGUAUGAGUGGUCUCACCGGAAUGGCGGGCACCAUGGGGCAGCUGCCGACCAUCCAGAAGCCGCAGGCCACGGCCCAGCACCCCCCCUUACCCUUCACCGGGCCCAGCCGAGCUCCUCCUCCUCCCACCCCCCAGCUGGGCUUCAGUACAGUCAACCUGGAGGAGUUCUCCAGCCUGGGCAUCUCAAGCCGGGCCCAGCCCCCACCCCCUGCUCCCGAGGCCGAGCCCAACUUUGACCCCUUCUUCCACCUGCCGUUUGAGGGCGGGGGCGACUCAGUCGCCAUGGAGCUGGGGGCCUUGCUGGAGGACACCACCUACACCAGCCUGGAGUCCAUCAACACUACUGAGUUCCGGCAGCUGCUGAGCCAGGGGUCGUCCACCGAGGGUGCUGACGGGCACAGCAUGCUCCUGACCUAUCCCGAGUCGAUCACCCGCCUGAUGAGCAGCCAGCGUGGUGUGGUGGGCGUGACAGGGGAGGAGCCACAGGGCAACGGCGGGGGUGGGGGGGCUGGCGGUGCCAACAGCUUCAUCAACGGGGUCCUGGGCAGCCUCCCGGAAGAGAACCUCACCUCCAUGGGGGAUCUGGACUUCAGCGCCCUGCUCAGCCAGUUCAGUUCCUCUUAGUGGGGACGCUGGGAAAGACGGACUGACAGUGACACCCCCCACCUGGCUCUGCGCAAGGGACUCGGGGGGGGUAACUGCUCAUCCACCGAGAGCCCCCCCCUCCCACCGGGGGGAUCGGACUCUGCCCUGGACUCAGUCAGCUCAGGUCCCCCAUCCGGCCUGCCUGGGCCUUGUAUUACUGGCUUCAUUUGGCUAUCGAUCUCACUGUCCGCCCACCCCAUGCCUCCCCAGAGCCCUGCUCUGUAUCCCCCCCACUCCAUCCCCUGCAUUACGGGGGGGGGGGUCUCCCACUUGUCAGGCUGAGGGGGCAGCGCCAGGGGUUAGUUCCCUCCCCUGUUGCAGGGGGAGGAGCAAAGAAGAGCCUGACCCUCUUUUCACAGGAAUAGAGGGGGGAGGAGCAGACAAUGGACUGAUCCAUUGUCAGGACGGGGAGGGGACAGGCUUCACCCAUUAUUCACAGGAGGGAAGAGGAGGGGAGUGAAGCUGCCCUGAGCUUCUGGGUUCCUUCUGCUCCGUCCUCCCUUACCUGAAAACUGUUGGCUGGGGUGGGGGAGCUGUGCCUUAGCUCCUGCAGCAGCUCUGAUUGGCUGCCUAUCCCCAUUCCCAGCCUCCUGGGGAUGGGCAGCCAAUCAGAAAGGGUUCCCUCAAGGCAGGGCUGGGGGUUCUGGCAUCCAGACCGGCUCUGUGUUGUGGGUGUAUUGUGGGAGGGGGAAUUCUCCUUCCCACCCUCAGAAGGUGCCUUAGCAGAAGCAGCAUUAACUCCCCCCACCCCUUUGCAGCUGGGGAGUGUGAACAGGACCCCUCCCACCCAGCAGAGGGCCUGUGGUGAGCUGUGGGAGACCCUGCACCCCCUUGCUGGGGGGGUCUCCUCCCCCUGUUGCACAUUGGCUUUGAGAGCUCUGCAAGCUGUGUAAGGGGGAUGAGGGUUGUUGCUGCACGCUGUUUCGGGGCAUUCUCCAAUUCUUGUAUUAUAAUGUGCCUUGCCGUGUGGUAGGAAGGGGUGGCACUGCCCCUCCAUGCCUAGUGCCCCUGGAUCUCCCCAUCCCUGCUCCAUGGCUCAGAGGACUCAGCUGGGCCUGCAGUUGGGGUGGGGGCAGUGCCCAAAACAGCCAGCAGUAGGUGCCCUGUUGCACAGAGCACUCUUCCAGGUCUGUAAAACGAAGCUGGCCCUGCUAGGUGUCGUAAGAGAGGCUAUGAACCUAUCAGAGGCUCUGAGCUACUCCUCCCACUGGCACCGGCCUUCAGCAGGAAGGCCCAGAGAGCAGUGCUACAAAGCGCCUGGGCCCAUCACGGCCUCCUGCCCCUCUCUGCAUUCACCGUUGCAGGGUUUGUAUAGCGUUCCUCACCCUAUAUUUUGGCUUCCACUGUCGUUUGUCUUACUAUUGGCUAAAUGUAGCUGGACGGUUUUAACCGUGAGUGACACGUAUUAUUAAUGUAUUUGCUAUCUCUGGGGCGCAGGGACUUGCUUCCGUGCCCAGUUUUUCCGCUGACUUAUGUUCCUAAUAAACCUGAGUCAAAGCGCA